AUGAGCGUAUGGGGGAUUUGGGGCACGUGCAGGUACGUUCUCAGCCAAUCACAGAGGGCCUCGAAAGUUCCGUGUUUGGGAUUGAGGCCACCCCCACGGCAGUCAACCCCGCGGCUCGCUUCAGUUAGGACAGUACGCACCAGGAAGUGGGGAAACGAAGCCCAGUCUUCACAAGACCAUGACAUUGUCGAAAGCUGCACGCUCAGGCUGUCAAACUAUGUGACGUCUUUCAAAAUGAGUAAGAGGAAAGGCCAACCGUUAAAUCAUGCGACAACUCUGAAGAUCCGGAGAGUGGCAGGAGUGGGGGCCGAUGGUGCACCAGGGGGCUCCAACCGUCCGGGACUCUCUCUAAACAGCUUCACCAACAUUCCCACCGGAGACAUCGGCCUCAUUGAAAGCAUCACCCUGAAGAACUUCAUGUGCCACCACAUCCUGGGUCCGUUCCAGUUUGGGCCCAAUGUGAAUUUCAUCGUUGGCAACAACGGAAGUGGUAAAAGUGCCAUCCUGACAGCUUUAAUUGUUGGCCUUGGUGGAAAGGCCACCGUAACAAACAGAGGGGUGUCCCUGAAGGACUUUGUGAAAACUGGUGAAAACACUGCAGAUAUAACCGUGCAGCUGAGAAACAGAGGCCCAGACGCGUACAAAAAGGAUGUUUAUGGCGACAGCAUCCUCGUCGAGCAUCGCAUUUCAAGUGACGGAUGCCGGACCUGCAGGCUGAAAAGCAAAUCAGGAAAACUUGUCUCAAAUAAGAAGGAAGAAUUAACAGCCAUUUUGGAUCACUUUAACAUUCAGCUGGAUAACCCAGUCUCCAUUUUAAGCCAAGAAAUGAGCAAACAGUUCUUGCAUUCAAAAAGCGAAGCGGACAAGUAUAAGGUCACAGAGAAGGAACAAAACAUACAGCACUUAAAGGAGGAAAUUGAAAAGGAAGAGAAUAAUUACAAACACCAAGAAAACCUCAGACUCUGUCAGACUAAAAUUGUACAAACGGAGAAGAAGCUGCAAGCCAUUAAAAGGAGAACUGACAGUCUACGAGAAGAACAGAUAUCUCUAUCAGAAGACAACCUUAAAUUGAAAGAGCAAGUUAAGAGCAUAAGUGAGGCUCACAAGCAACAGGAGCUUGUUUAUUUCCGAGCUCUGAACAAACUCAGACAGUCAGAAAGAGACCAAAACCUCCUCCAGGAGAAAAUAAACAAAGCAAGAACAAGCGAGAGCCAGAAGAAUGGUGAAGAGACGGAACAUGUAAAACGUCAAAAGACCUUGUAUGACCUGAAAAGGCAGCUUGAAGAUCUGCAAAUUCAGUGUACACAGCUCAAUGAAGAUAUCAAGAACAAACAUCAGGCGGUUUUUAAAGGAAAGGAAGAACGGGACAAGUUGAGAAUGGAGGAAAGGUGCCUCCAAGUUGCAUAUGAGUCUAAACUAAAGAGAAAGAACCAGCUCCUCGCCAGUCGGUCAAACAAACUAAAACGGUUUGGAGAUCAUGUGCCCGACCUAAUAAAUUCAGUCGCAGAGGCACAAGCGGCGGGACGCUUCAAAAAGAAACCCGUUGGUCCAAUAGGAGCUUGUAUCAGUUUAAAGGAUCCUUCCUUGGCUGUGGCUGUGGAGUGCUGCCUGCGGAGCUUUGUCAAGGCUUUCUGCUGCGACAACUACAAAGACGAGGCAGUCCUUCAGGAGCUCAUGUCCCGCUAUUAUCCAAAGGGAAACCGACCGCAAAUAAUCGUCAGCCCCUUCACCGAUAAACUUUACAAUGUUCAUGGGCGGAAAGCGAAUCACCCAGACUACCCAUCUGUGCUGGACGUAAUCUCAGCAACAAGUCCUGUCAUCAUUAACUGCCUCAUUGACAUGCGAGGAAUAGAAUCCAUCCUCAUAAUCCAAGAGAAAGACAAAGCAAGAAAGGUCAUGCUGCAUGGCCGACCUCCUAAAAACUGCCGUGAAGCCUUCACUAGGGAAGGAGAUCAGGUGUUUCCCAACCGCUACUACACUUCUGAAUUCAGCUUGGCUAAAUACCUUGGAGGGGAUAUUGAGACUGAAAUAAGUUUGUUGGAGUCAGACCUGGAGAACCAGCAGGCUCAGCUGUCCAGGUUUCAGGUUCAAGUCAACUCCGUGACCGAGGAUAUUGCCUCUGUGAAUGAAGUCAAAUCAUCAAUAAACGAGCAGGAGACUGCUAGUGAGGAGCAAACUGACGACAUCGCUUCCUUGGAAGAGGUCGCUCAGGAGAACCAACAGAAAAUCGAGACAGAAAAGCAAGGGGUCCAAGAGGCAAAGACUGAACUCAACAAGCGUCAAAAAAAGGCAGAGGAGUCAGACUCCAAUUACUCUUCUGUGAGAGACAAGAUCGAUCAGCUUUCAGAAGGGAUGGAAUCGCUGAAGGACGAGCAGCUGAAAGUGGAGGCCGAGUGCGCUAAAUAUGAGCGGAACCUCAAAGUUUUAGAAAACAAAGUGAAGGCUCACGAGGACAACGUCCAAGCCAUGAAAAGCGACCUCUCCGAAAAGGAAGAAGAACUACAGGAAUGUGUGGCCAAAGCCACAGAGAUCAGUCCGGAACGGCAGCAGGUGACCAGCAGCACCAGGAGCAUUGAUACAGACAUCACACGGCUAAAGAAGAAGAUCAAUGUGUGCGAGGGCAGCCACGGAGAGCACGAGCAGGUGGUCAGGGAGUAUGCCGAGGCCCUGUCUCUCUACAGAGAGAAGACCAACCAGGUGAGAGAUCUGCGGAAGUUCAUCGACCGUCUGGACCACAUCAUGUCCGACAGGCAGAACAGAUACAAAGUAAUGCGCAGGUCCCUCUCUGUCAGGUGUAAGUUGUACUUCAAUAACUUCCUGAUAAAGAUGAACUGCUGCGGAUCCAUGAUUUUUGAUCACAACAACGAAACGCUCUCGAUCUCGGUCAAGCCUCCGGGCAAGGAGAAAGAUGGUGCGUGCGACAUGAGGUCGCUGUCUGGUGGCGAGCGCUCCUUCUCCACGGUGUGCUUCAUGUUGUCCCUGUGGGAGAUCACAGAAUCCCCGUUCAGAUGCCUGGACGAGUUCGACGUCUACAUGGACAUGCACAAUCGGAGAAUAUGUCUGGAUCUCCUCCUGGAGCUGUCGGAGAGGCAGCAUCGGCGGCAGUUCAUCUUUAUCACUCCCCUGAGUACCAGGAAUCUGCCAAAAACAGGCCUCAUCAAAAUCCACCACCUUCAGGAUCCAGAAAUAGAAGGGAACCAUGCCGGAGACGGAGAUGAAGGUGAAACGCCGCGUCAAAGGCCACGCCAGAGGCCGCAGCAGAUGUAAAGAAUGCUUGUGUGCACAGUUAAUUUAUAUAUUAGUAUUAUUUUUUUGUGUGUAUGAGAGAUUUAAGUGUUGUUUCAUGUCCAUAUGUGUGAAAACUUGGGAUUUCCUUUUAUUAAGUCUUGAUAGUUAUGAAUUAGAGGUCUGGCGUGUGAUUUAUUUUUUUAACCUCUACAUUUUAAAGGAGAAAAAUGAGGGAAGUUGUGGUUUGGAACUUGAAAACUGAAUCUUUUAAGAUGCUGUUUCAACUGUUUGUUUUUAUUUAUAGUAGAGAUUGUAAAUACAAUACUGGAACAUACUGAAACAAAAGUAUUUUUUUUUAAAGAGUUUUGUUUUUUAAUCUUCCCAAUAGUGCUCAAAGGUGUUUUAAUCUGCUGAUCCUGGAGCCUCUUUUUACAAAACAUACAUGUGAUCAUUGUGUUCUUCAGUGUGUCUGAAACAGCUCUUAAGUACUGUUUAAGAGGGCUUAUUUUCAUCUGGAAGCUGACUCUAAACAGGGUUGAGAACUGAAACUGGGAUCUUCCUGCAUGUGGCCGAAUUUUGAGUUCUGACACGUGUGUGCAGUUCUUUUGAAAUUGGUUAAAUUUCAGGGGAAUUGCUUACAGACAGAAAUUGAUUUCUUGUUCAAAUCACCAAUAUUUCUGUCCUUUUGACUAACUAUCCAUCUAAAUGGCAACACGCUGCUCUUUCGGCUCUGUUUGCCAACCCACUGAGAACGAUAGUGUACCCUAAAAUUGAAAUCCGGGAAUCUUUGUAGAAAUAAAGCCAGUAGUCACUACAAUGUCAGGCUGGCUCAGAGGAACCCAGGCAACGAAGCAUCCCAGAUGCUAUUAUGUCUCUUUCUUCCUUGUCACACUGUUAGACCAGGUUAACCUAAAGCUUCUCCUUAGCUCUGUAAAGUUUUCCUCCAUUUAUGUGUGUCCCACGUGGUUCUAUCGGCUCUGCAUGACCGGACAGUGAUGCACUGUUGUCUGAGGAAGUGAAGAUCUGAUUUAAGAGUCUGCUCCAUGUGCAAUAAAAUCCCUCCAGAUUGUUUGAAUCAUUUGAAGAUGUGUAUUUUAAUAAUUCGAAACACAUAGUUUUGAACAUUUCCAUGGUUUAUUCAUGCUGUUGUUGACAAACUGCUGAUGUUCUGCCAAAUUUUGCUCCUGAAAGGCUUUUUUCCCCAGCAUUCUUUCACUCCAAAUCAUGAAUCCUGAUAUGUUUUAGGGAAUAUUUAUUGUUUUUAUAACUCAUCAGAAGCUCCAAGUUAAUGUCCAUAUUAACUUUCUUUGGAAUAUUUCGCUGGCCUGAAAUUCCGUAAUGAUGCAUUUGAAAUGAGAUUUAAGUAAAACAUUAAGUUUCUUGUGUUCACGUUUUAUGGAGCAAUAGUCAAAACUUAUGUAACAAUCAUAUUUUUUUUCUUUUUUUUUUUUACAUUCUCCAUAUAAUU